AUGCCAAAGAACACCAAGGUGACCCAGAGGGAGCACAGCAAUGAGCCUGUCACCGAGUCGGUGGCCGACCUGCUGUCCCUGGAGCACCCCAUGGACUACAAGAGCAGCCAGAUGAGUAUGGGUCUGAGUCCCGGCUCUACUGCUCCAGUAAAGGCCCUGAUACCCUCCCCUGACCCGGACGCAGAGGACGGUCGACCGGCCUGGAACAACAAGCUGGAGUACAUCCUUGCCCAGGUGGGCUUCUCCGUGGGCCUGGGUAAUGUCUGGAGGUUUCCUUACCUGUGCCAGAAAAACGGAGGAGGUGCAUACCUGGUGCCCUACUUUAUUCUGCUCCUCCUCAUCGGCAUCCCCCUCUUCUUCCUGGAGCUGGCAGUGGGUCAGAGGAUCAGGCGUGGGAGCAUCGGGGUGUGGAACUAUGUGUACCCACAGCUCGGAGGCAUCGGGGUUUCCAGUCUGAUGGUUUGCGGUUUCGUGGGCCUCUACUAUAACGUGAUUAUCGGCUGGAGCAUCUUCUAUUUCUUCCAGUCUUUCCAGUAUCCACUGCCUUGGGCUGAAUGCCCCAUCCGCAUAAAUGGAACCCAAGCCAUCGUGGAGCCCGAGUGUGAGAAGAGCUCGGCCACCACUUACUUCUGGUACCGGCAGACCCUCAACAUCACCAGCAGCAUCGACGACACGGGCGGCCUGAACUGGAAGAUGGUCCUUUCCCUGCUGGUGGCUUGGAUCUUGGUCUGCCUGGCUGUCAUCAAGGGCAUCCAGUCCUCUGGGAAGGUGAUGUACUUCAGCUCUCUGUUCCCGUACGUGGUGCUCUUCUGUUUCUUGGUGAGAGGGUUGAUGCUAAAGGGCGCAGUGGACGGCAUUGCUCACAUGUUCACACCAAAGUUGGAAAAGAUGUUGGAGCCGCAGGUGUGGAGAGAAGCAGCCACGCAGGUCUUUUUUGCUCUGGGUCUGGGCUUUGGAGGCGUCAUUGCUUUCUCCAGCUACAACAAGCGAGACAAUAACUGCCACUUUGAUGCAGCACUGGUUUCCACCAUCAACUUCGUGACCUCCAUCUUGGCCACUUUAGUUGUGUUUGCCGUCCUUGGGUUCAAGGCCAAUGUCAUGAACGAGAAGUGUGUCGUUGAUAAUGCAGAGAAGAUUCUGGGCUUUUUAAACACAGGUGUGCUGAGCAACGCGCUCAUCCCUCCCCACAUCAACUUCUCCCACCUGUCCACCGUGGACUAUGCAGAGAUGUACACUGUCAUUAAGACGGUGAAGGAGGACAGCUUUGGACAACUGGGCCUGGACGCCUGUCUCCUGGAGGACGAACUCAACAAGUCGGUGCAGGGCACCGGUCUGGCAUUCAUCGCCUUCACGGAGGCUAUGACGCAUUUUCCUGCCAGUCCCUUCUGGUCUGUCAUGUUCUUCUUCAUGCUGAUUAACUUGGGCCUGGGAAGCAUGAUCGGCACCAUGACUGGGAUCACCACACCCAUUCUGGAUGCUUUCAAGAUCCGCAAAGAGAUCCUGUGUGUGGGUUGCUGCAUCAUAGCCUUCCUGCUAGGCUUGCUGUUUGUGCAGCGUUCAGGGAACUACUUUGUCACCAUGUUUGACGACUACUCCGCUGGUUUGCCGCUCACUGUGGUGGUGAUCCUGGAGAACAUCUCUGUGGCCUGGAUCUAUGGCACUAAGAGGUUCAUGCAGGACCUGGAGGACAUGCUUGGUUUCAGGCCAUACUCAUUCUAUUACUAUAUGUGGAGAUACGUGUCGCCAGCGGUGUUGGUGGUUCUGAUUAUCGCCACAGUCGUCGAGAUGGCCAUCAGUCCUGCGGGAUACAACGCCUGGGUGGAGGCCGAGGGCGCAGAGCGUUUCCACAGCUACCCUCCCUGGGCUUUAGCCAUGGCCUACUCCCUCAUCGUGGCGGCAAUGCUGCCUUUACCCCUCGUCUUCAUUGUCCGCCACUUCAACCUGAUCUCGGACGGCUCCAACAAGCUGUCCGUCUCCUACCGUAAAGGCAUGAUGAAGGAAAUCUCCAACCUGGAAGAGCAGGACGAGCAGCGCUUCAUCCUCAACAAGAACCCCAGCGAGGCUCCUUCCCCGAUGCCGGCCCCACGCGCCUACCUGGGCCCCGGCGGCGCCCAGGAGAUGAUCAACACCAACUAUGGCACCAGCACUAAGACGGGCUACCAGAACAUCGGCUCGCCCGAGUCUGAGCUAUGAUCCAUUGAGCACAGAGAUCCUCCCGCCUGUUAAACCCCAGGCCUGCUCGGGGAGAGGGAGACAGGGGAAGUCAGGGAGGAACAGAAAAAGUCAAAAAGGGAGAGAAAAUUCACUGCCGGUUGUUGCAGCGUUCUUCACACCUUAACCCGCCAGAGCUGAGUCCCUCUUUCCUGCCUAUUUUCUGCCCCAAUGCUCGUCACCUUCCACUCCAUAUGAUCCGUGCUGCCAAAUGCCACCUGAAAUGAGAGUCCCACCAGAUCUGACAACCCUUUCCAUCCGCCAAUUUAUUAAAGGGGCAGAGACAGAGGGACUGAUACAAGAACGGAGGCAGCAAUGAAAUGUCCACUGAGGGCUUCAGCACGGGCUGGUUUGUCACAAGCUGUGGGCGAGGUUAAGAUGUGUGCAGCGCUGAAAUGCUUCACGUGGUGCUGAACCGUGUGUCCACCAGUGUGGAGAAGGUUAUUGUUUGAGACAGAUGCGUGUCUCUGGAUGUGGGAGCUCAUCGUCUCUCUCGUUGUAGAGGAUUGCUCCGCGCGGGGAUGGAAGGAGACUGAGACGAGGAAAAUAGUUCCAUGCUCUGCGUCACCGUGUGAGAAAACCUCUCAUUUAGAAAACAAAAUGAUCACAAAUGCAUCCAUAACAGUAAUUAAUAAGUGAUUCUGAUACUGUCAACAGUGUUUCAAGCACAUUACAUCUUUAUUGUGCCUAUCAUGCAUCAGCAAUAAUAACCAGUCAGUCCUCGUAAAACCGUUGAUCUCCUUCUAUCCCUACUGUUCCCACUAAUGUAGAAUAUUAUACAUAUGUGUUGUGCAAUAGUCUGAGAUGUCACCGUGAAUUGUGUAUAUACACCACAGUAGUGCAAAAUGAGGGGAAGCCUUUCACCUCAUCAUUUCUUCUUGGUGAACACCGAAGCACAGCGUCCUGUUAUUGUUUUAGAGCAUCUCUGAGCCAUUACACAGAGCGACAUUAGACAAAGCUUUUCCUUUUGAAUCAAUCCUUUUAAUGAAGCAAUCCCACUUAAGUAGACGCCUUGGAAGUGCAGAGGUGGUAGUGAAGGUGCAGCGACGGGCAAGGGAGGCUUCACAGGCGUCUGUCUGUUGGUUUGAUGCGUGCAGACGUGCAUGUGCAUGUGCGUGUGCGCGUCAGCGUGUUGUCUGCCGCUGAAUGAGAGCUCCUGGCGACCCGGCCGCUGUAAAAAUAGAGCUGCGUCGCCCUGGGGAAGCCGUGGCCGCGCACCAUAGAUACAGUUCCUGUUGCUGCUGUCCAUGUUGAGGAGGAGGAAGAGAGCACCUUGUUUUCAACCCGCACGGCUGAUUAGUCUGCAAUACACAGAUGAGGAGUUUUAACGUUACGGUCCUACAAAAAUAGAUCUCCGAUGUUACAUUGCAUAAAAUAAAAAGGUCCAGUUUCGUGCAGCGCUUUGGAUUAAUCUUCAUCCAUACGUCAUCCCACCUGAGGAAGAUUUAAUUGUUUUACAUUCCUUUAACUUCGACCCCCUGAGACAUUUCAUGAGCACUAUAAUUUACACUUUGUUGUAUUUUUGUGAACUGAGGAGUGAAAACCUUUUUAAUGUUUUAAAUGUGUGAUCCUGUACGUUUAGGGGUGUACUGUGUGUGCUGUGAUAUAAAGGUUUGGGAUGAAUGGUAAUAUACAGACUUGACCACUGGGUGUCUCUGCCGGCCAGCGGAGACACCCAGUGUCUCUCCGCCCUGAGACAACAAGCACACUUCAGGCUCAACAGAUGUCGCGUCAAGCACAGUCAGACACAGCGUUUGGUGGCCGAACAGCAUCCCUGUUGUCGGUUUGCCUGGUGAUUUUGUCAGUUAGUUUUCCUCGGUGGUGAGUUUGGACCGAUGUCUUGUCUCAUUGACUUGAGCACUUUAGUAACUUAUAGACCCUGGAGUAAUUUGUUAUGUACAGUUUUGAUGAAGGCUUUGUUGUUACCCUUAAGAAUGCUGAACAGAAAUGUAUUGGCAAAGAGAGGAAGAGGGCUGCACAUCCAAAAAUGGCACAAAUAUACUUAUGUAUCACAAGCUACUUUGCUAAAAUCUCGUUUGUUUGGCAGAUCAGGUCAUUUUAGCAUUGAAGAAGUUGUAAUGUUUACUCUUAUGAUGUGAAUUAAUUUGGUUUUCUCCUUCCUAUCUUACAUAAUGAAGAAUAACCCCCAUUUGUUGUUUUGAAAUGUGGUCAUGUGACCUGUUUCAUGGCUCGUACAUCAGCCUGUAGUAGGUGUGACAUAUUGUGUGAUAUGUACUUUUGUGUGUACUGAAGUAAUUGAUCGUAUAAUUCCGUUACACCUCCACAUUAUCUACUGCCCCUCCUGUCUCUGAUGAUAUCGUAUGUUCUUCAAUACUGCUUCAGGUUCUGUUGCCACACAUUUUGUAAAUAAUAAGCAAAGAAGAAAAGAGUUAGUAAUGCCAAUGACUAUGUGAACAACUGUUAAAACAAAACAAUAGAACACAGAGGGGAUCUGUAACGUGGAAAUGUGUUGCUCUGCAUCCUGAAUGUGUCAGGAUAAAUGAACACGUAAACGUGCCCCAGCUGGGUAUUAACCUAUUUAGUCAGAAAAAAUACUUUGUUAACAUGUACAAGAAACCAGACGUUUUUGGUCAAUGGGCUUUUGACAUAAACGCCGAGUACAGGUGGAGGUUUUCAUCUGUACUCACCUGCUCUGGCUUGAAGAUGAAGCAAAUCGGUAGAAGCACAGGACAGUGAGCACAAUGGAGCAAGCUCCAGUCAAUGAGUUCAGAUUAGGCCUGCGGGGAUGAACUUGAUGAUGGGUCAUAUUCCUUCAUCCUCCUGGGAGUCACCAGAGUAUCUGCACACUUAGAAGAACUCCAAACUUCACAAGAAACUAAACUCAGCACAAUAAUGAAAUGAGAGCGUUAGGAGGGAGCACAAUCAACAUUGUAUAUCGUCUCUAAGAAGCAGGAUUCCUUUGUUUUUUAUUCCCCUGGCCUAAACACUGUUGAAGUACUCUUCACAGUGGAUAUCUGAUUUUAUUAUUACUGUAAAAACAAAGACUCCAGGGUCUCGUUGUCUUGUCCAAGUGUCAUUGCUUUAAUGCAACUGGUAGAGGUUUACUCAGUUGAAUUACUGUGAUUAAAACAAUAAUAAUAAUAGUGUAUUUAUUUAACCGUGCAAAUAGUCUUUCUGUGACCAAACCAUAGUUAUAUUUAUAGUAUUUAAGACAAUGUGUGUAAUCUGUACAUAUUGAUGUACAUUCUGAUAAAUUCACACAGAGUAUCUACAGUAAGAGUGACAGGGUGUAUACUUGAGCUGUAAAUAACAAUUGUAUAUUUUGAGAUAUUUUCUGAUUUUUGUAAUGUUACUUUGGUGUCUGUAAGUUGUGUGGUUGUUCUCAAUCAAAAUAGAUGAGUGACUGUGCUUGUGUGUGAGUGCGUGUGUAUAUAAGUGUGUGUGUGUGUGUGUGUGUGUGUGUGUGUGUGUUUGUGUGUGUGGGAGAGUAUAUUUAGGUUUUUGGUGUUUAAAUGUAUUCUUUUUUUUCCUCUCUAAGUGUUGUGAGCUGCUGAUCGAAUUCAGAAGGAUAAAUCCUGUUGUUACAGUAAACUGGAAGCACUGAUGUAAACAAUCUCUUCUCUGUGUUUCUCAUUGGAACUGCAGCAGCUUCCAGCACAAAACUGAAAACGCAAUCAGAAGAAAAUGUCUGGUGAGAAAGACACGGAGGUUUUGGGGUUUAAGAGUGUGGAACAUGAUGGAGCGAACAGAAAAUAAUAUUAAAGACUUUUAUCAAACAGAA